AUGCAGCAGUCUCAGACCGAGUCAGAGACCGAUGAUGCGACAACCGCCAACCCUGCGUACGGCUGCCGAGCAGCGGCCAAUAAUGCGGCACCGGACAGCGUUGCCAUUGGUAACGGUUUGUGCAAGAAGCUGUGGCUAACCCUGGGUUUUCUGUUAGUUAUGGGCAACGCCAUACUGGUGUCAUAUUUUGCAGCUCAAGUGAUGACGCUUUCUGCUGAGGUGGCCAAUCUUACAUCACGGGGCAGUAUGGGACCACCUGGCCCUCCAGGGUUGGUGGGGCCUAUUGGUCCUCCUGGACAGAAGGGAUGCUCGGUGUGUCCAAAAGUUGCCGGACAUCCUCAAGCAUCAGGACCAGUCGAAUCGAAUGAAGCAUCUUGCCCUGAAGGUUACACUAAGUUCCGUGAAACCUGCUACAAGGCGUUUAACACCCUGGCAAACUUCGGGGACUCGGCUCUGCACUGUCACGUCGAUGGCGGCACCCUUGCUAUGCCCCGAGACGCUGCCACAGACGCCUUCCUCAUCUCUCUCAAGAACGCCGUUGACGACAAAUCCACCUUCUGGUUUGGUCUCCAUGAUCGGCGCAAAGAAGGAAGCUUCGAGUGGAUCGAUGGUUCUGCACUUGGAAGCUACAACUACUGGGCUCCGGGGGAGCCAAAUAAUAAGCGUGUCAACGAAAACUGCGUUCACUACUGGCCGUUUUACUACGAAUCUGCUUGUGCAAACAAGUGGAAUGACGAAGAAUGCGACUUGGUUUCAUUCUUCAUAUGCCAAGUGGCACCAGGUACUUCACGUUAA